AUGUUUGGAAUGUCAUCUCUUUGUGAAUCUUUCCUUUCACUUGGUGUAAAUAUCAAUGCAAAAGAGGAAAAUGGAAUGACAGCUCUUCAUGUUGCAACACUUACUGAUCAAAAAUGA